AUGAAAUUAAGCUAUCUAGAUGCAUUUCAGAUCAAUCUUGUUCUGAUGGUAUUAAUAGCGAUCGGAUACCUAUUAGGAAAAUUAAGAUAUUUUAGCGUAAUAGAUAUUUCUUCUAUUCGAAGAACGGUAUAUUUAAUUUCUAUACCAGCCAUGCUUUUUAAAGAGAUAGCAACACAUAAACUUGAGGCAAAGGUUUGGUAUCCACUUUUAAAUUCAUUACUUAGCGAAAUAUCGAUUCAUGUUUUACUUUUAAUCGUUUGCUUUGCUUUUCCAUUUAAGGACAAAUUUAAGCAGUUUCUUGAUGGAAUCUUCUCCUUUGCUUAUGUUAACUUUGUUUACUUUGCUUGUCCGAUGGUCAGAAUCUUAUGGGGCGCAGAAUAUCAAUACAUACCAGUUAUCGCCGGAAUUGUGCACUUUAUCAUAGAACCACCAAUUCAUUCUCUACUUGUAAUCAGUAACCAUCAUCGCGAACAAAAUCAACAAUCAACUUCCUCAGAUGAAGAUCAACACGACAAUCAGCAAUCAGAUGAUGGCAUGGAAAUGGAUGGUGUUGAACAUUCCGAGGGAAUACAUGAAGAUCAUGACGAAGAAGAAGAAAAACGUCAUCCAACCAUCCAAACACAGACAAUACCAUUAUGGAAACAGAUUAUAUUCGUCGUUGUUACACCAAUGCUCGUAUGUACAAUCCUUGGAAUUGUUUGGUCCGCCACAGGAUUAGUAAUUCCAAGUUUUAUCCUUACUUUCACUACAUUUUUAGAGAAUAGUGUUAUGGCAACCGGCUUAUUUACGAUUGGCGUAUUUAUGUCCGAUCAUCCUUUCUUUGGAUGUAAUUGGCUUGAAGUUGGCUCAUAUUUGAUCAUUCAUUUUAUUUUCAUGCCACUAAUCAGUGCUUUCUGGUCAUGGUUAAUUGGCUUCGAUUCUGUUACAGCAAGAGUUUGUUGCAUGAUUCACGCUUUACCAACCGGAUUAACAGGCUACGUUAUGGCAAUUAACAGUGGCCAUGGUCUCCAAGCAUCUUCAUUUACUUUCUUUUGGUCAAAUAUCUUGUGUCUCCCAGUAUUUUUAAUUUGGAUUACUGUUUUCAAUGAAUUACAUCUACUCGCUUAA